CGUGCGACCUGGGCAUGUCAUAGGCUUUAUCCCUGUACUUUACACAGAUGUUGUUCCGCGUGCUGUCCCCCGGGGCACUCCGGCGAGCUCUCCCCCGGCUCGACCGUCGAUCCCGCAGUCCUAUUUCGUUCUUCUCGCCCCACCAUAUCCCCCACAUCGCCGCCCUCGUUUUCCAACGCCCUCCGCCGUGACCGGUAGUCGCCCCGUGUACACCGUCCUCGCUCAGGUCGCCGCCGCCAGCGACUAGAGGGGAGGCGGCGAGAUGAAGAAGCUGAAGCUUGUGACCAGGCAUUUCCCCUUCUCACCUCAACUUCCUCGGCCCCAUUUUCUCGCUCUCCUCGCCGCGCCGGCAAGAUCUCAGCUUUUUCCUCCGCCUCGCAUCUUGCGGGCUCGCCACCGCUCUGACUCCUCCGCGUUGCAGCCCCUCCACCUCCCGCGUCUCCACCGUGCCACUAGCGUGCAGGCAAUGGCUGCCGGAACAAGUCCAGGAGGGACAUUUCUCCAGGGCUUGGAAGGGGCCCUAUCGGCAGAUGGCUUCUUCCCAGUGCCCGAGUUAGUCGGCUCGCUGAUUCCUCCGCCCGACGCGUCGGAAUCCUUUGACCGGCCUGGAUCAGAACGAUCGAUUGGCGGUGGAGGGACGGAAGCCGGCCAGCGCCUUCCCCAAGAAGGCUGCAGCGUCAACGACGAAGGAGGUGCACAAGGAGUUGGCGGCGGCUUCGACGGCCACGCUGACGAAGAAUUGGGCAGCGGCAUCUACGGCUGCGUCGCCCAAGAAACUCAUUGAAGAAUCAGUUGAUUAUAUGCGUCUCAGUGUAUUUGCGUCUUCAGAAAAGUGUGACCUCUAAGAAAAUUUCUAUAUUGCUAUAGGAAGCUGUAUUGUUAAUUCUUGCUCUCUGAAUAAUUUUGAUCCUCUAUUUCAAGCAGUGGGUGCUCUAAUGAAGGGCCCUUCUGCACUGAAUAUGUCCAAUGUGUUCGCUGGGAGUCGUCCUCAAGAGGUGCGGUGGCGGCAGCCAACGAGCAGAUCGCUACUGAAAAAAACUCGAGAGACGAUCAGGCAAACCGAGAUUCAAUUGUGCGUAAUGGACCCCAGUCUUACACCAAACUGUUGGUGUAUUCUUAGUUAAGUGUUUGCUUGCAGAAUGCUUGGCCAUUGACACAUACUUGUGUCCGUGUUCUACAGGUUUUUCUUGAUUUCAAAACUGGUCUGAACCAGAAUCUAUACCGUUAAACCUA